GACUUGAUUAUACUAAUCCGGAAAGGCCGAAUUCUAUUCACAUGGAGCCUCCUGCUGGAACAAGACCAUACCGUUCACACAAGUUUCCCGCUUGUACAGCUUGCCGACAACGCAAGAUCCGCUGCCAUUUUGACCAAGUUGCUGCUCAAUGCACGCUUUGUCGGGAAAAGGGCUGGCAAUGUAUUACUGCUUCUCCGGGUCCCAGUGCACAAAAGCGUGAACGUGCAUCAACUUCUGGUCCAGGGGAAAGACCUGCGAAGCGUACAACCCAGAGUCUAGGAGCGACUGAGGAUGGCUCACCGCGAGUCCAAGUCAGACAACCUUCUCGUCAGGCUUCGGUCAUAGGCACUCCUGCUGAGGCUUCGGCAGAGAUUGCCCAGCCAUUGGAUCAUCCUAGCACGGAGUCGACUGUUAUCGUCGGUCCUGUAUUUCAGGAGGAUAUCCAAAUUCUAGGACCAUAUCUUUCGAAAGGAAAUGAAGCAAGACAAUCUUCCAAAGAAAGGCAAACUACUUCAGCUGGACCGGGUAGAAACCCGUUACUGUAUCUUUCCGUGCCUCGACGCAGACGUGGACUCCAGCCAGCCAAGGAUCCUGGUUCUGGACAGAAGCUUAUCAUACAGCAGCUUGUAGGCCCAUUUGCCGGUGACCUUGUUGAUCUCUACUUCGAGUAUGCCCACCCGUGCUUCCCAAUUCUUGACGAAUUUGCUAUCAGAAAACAUGGAGCAGCCAACGUGUCUUCAGCUCUUUGGUCUUAUAUCAUUACCAACGCAUUUUCCUCGUGGUAUCAGUCUCCUAAGCUGAGGAAACAUCCUCGGCCUGAUCCAAUCUACGCAUGCAAUGUUGCUGUUGCUGCACUCCAAGAGGACUUCAAUGAGUCAAGUGUCUCAACAAUUCUCUGUAGCGUACUGGACAUGAUUGGUCGUCCUAUCAACUCCAUUGUGGGCAACAUCAUCAAUGAGGGCAGGACGAUAGCACUCGCUCACACUUUUGGCAUGAACCGUAACCCGACCCAUUGGGGAUGUUCAGAUCACGAGAAAAGAUUGAGAACACGCACAUGGUGGGCAGUCUUGAUCACCAACAGACUGUCUGCAUUGGCUCAUGGCACGCCACCCACCCUAACAAGGGGUCAAUACGAUGUACCACUACCUACGUAUGCAACUUUGUUAACACCGGACAAGGACACCGAGUAUCGCCGUCAGGGUGCAGAGCACUUUAUCCAGCUAUGCAAGUUGUGCGAGAUACUAGGCGAUAUCAUUCAUAUUGCUACUGAUCUUCGCCGACCUUUCGAGGCCAGAGUCCCACGAGAACUACGGAAACUCGAAUGUGAUCUUGAUGAGUGGGAGGCAAAUCUGCCAUCAUACUUUACCAAACCCUUGGAAGAAGGCAAGGGGCCAGGAGCAUGCAACUUGCACUUCUGUUUCCUUUCGACCAAACUUAUGCUUGCAAGGACGGCAUUGAAGGUCGCAUCUGAUGGUCAACAACCAGACAACAGUAGCGAACACCUACGAUAUCGUCUAUCCGUCCUCCGCAGCUCGGCCCGGGAAAUCGCAGACUUUGUUUGUGCCCUCAAGAGCCAACAUCUCGCCGAAUUUUGGCUACCAUAUACAGCACAUCUUCUGGCCUCCUCAGCUAUGAUUCUCCUUCGCUGCACAGUCGAAACAACAGACACACUCGCCCGCGAAACCUGUAAACAAAGUCUCGAAAGCCUACGCAAACGCCUACGCUCAGCCCGCGACGAAGACGAUUGGGAUCUCGCUGACAUUUUCCUAAAUCAAUGCGAUGAACCCAUCUCCCGUGUAAUCGGCAAACUCGACAACCCUACCACUUCAUCCGCUGCAGCACCGAUUUCUCCUCGACCUCCACAACAGGAGAAUAUUCAUGCGGCUAUUAACGUGGAGGAUGUGGUGUUGCAACCUCUUCAGCAGGAUUUCGUGUUUGAUUUUGCUGGAGGUGGUUUAGGGGGAGCAGAUCUGGGAUUCUCAUUUGAAGGUUUGGGAUUACCUUUUGAUUCUAGUCUUUGGAAUGGUGGGUUCGAGGAUGGUGGUGAUGGCAUGGGCGGGUUUUAGAAGAUGAUCUGAGUGAAAUGAGGAUAGUGCCUUUCAAGCUCUGUCAACACUUUUGCACAUUCACUCGGUCAUUACAAGUACCCUAAUGCCGAACUUAACCAAGGGGUGGUCACACUAAUCUAUCGGACACCACUUCUGCACGUGACAAUUCAUCAAUUCCCUUGC